AAAACCCUUGUUUGGGUUGCUGUGCAAGCAGUAAAUUUCUCUAUUUGAAAUUUAAAACCCCAAGUGGGAAAAUGAAGAUGAAGCAGCUUUCCAAAUUGAAUUUCUACAACCAUUUCCGUUCUAAAAAUAUGUUCAUCAGCCCCUUGUUUUACUCAACAACAACAACUACAACAAAAACGGAAUCGACAAGAAAUUCCAGGAACCAGAAGGGCUCGCUGGACGCUCUCUACCGUAAGAUUUCACCCAUUGGAGAUCAUAAGGUCUCCAUCGUUCCUGUUCUCGACAAGUGGAUCCACGAUGGCCGAGCCGUUGACAAAAGACGUCUACUGGGUAUCAUCAAGGAGCUCAGGCAUUACAGACGCUAUAAGCACGCACUUGAGCUAUCUAUGUGGAUGACUGACAAAAGAUACUAUCCGCUUACGUAUGGUGAUGUUGCCAUUCGGCUGGACCUUAUCUCAAAAGUUCAUGGGAUAGAGCAAGUUGAGAAUUAUUUUAACAGUGUUCCAAGACAAUUAAAAUCCCUUGAGGUUUACGGUGCUCUCCUCAAUUGUUAUGCUCAUGCAGAACUAGUGGAAAAAGCGGAGGCUGUUAUGCAGCAGAUGAGGGAUAUAGGCUUAGCAAGGUCAACACUGUCUUAUAAUGUUUUGCUUAAUCUAUAUUAUAAAACUGGAUGUUAUGAAAAAAUGGAAAAUCUCUUGCAUGAGAUGGAAGAGAAGGGUAUUGGUCAGGACGGAGUUACAUAUGCCAUUCAGAUCAGUGCAUAUGCAGCUAAUUCUGAUGCGGAGGGAAUUGACAAGAUUCUGACAAGGAUGGAAACUGAUCAUGAAGUUUUGGAUUGGUCUACUUAUUCAACCGCAGCAAAUGGAUGUAUAAGAGUUGGGCUUUUGGACAAAGGUUUGUCAAUGUUAAAGAAAUCGGAGGAACUGAUAUCAACCGCAAAGAAAAAGUCUGCAGCCUAUGAGCAUAUUCUCACACAAUAUGCUGCAUUAGGGAAGAAAGAUGAAGUGUUAAAAUUAUGCGAACUUUUCGAUAAGAAUCUGAAGGUGUAUAAUCGGGGCUAUAUCAGCAUGAUAACCUCUCUAUUGAAGUUUGAUGACAUUGAAAGUGCUGAGAAAAUCUUUGAGGUGUGGGAAACCCAGAAUUUAAACUAUGAUAUCCGUAUCCCAAAUCUCUUGAUUGCUGCUUAUUGCAGAAAAGGUCUUUUUGAAAAGGCUGAAAGCCUUUUUAACCGGGUGAUAGAUAAGGGAGGACAACCUGAUGCAAAGACAUGGCAUUAUUUGACAGCAUUGUAUAUUAAAAAGGAUCAAAUGCAGAAGGCAGCUGAAGCUAUCAAACAAGAAAUGUCCGUUGUCAAGUUCUUCUGGAAGCCAAGCAGGGAUAGUUUGGUGGCUUAUCUGGAAUACUUGAAAGGGAAAGGAAAUUUGGAGGGAGCAGAGGAAAUUAUUAGACUAGUUGGGGAUAAGGGUUUUGUAUCUGUGGAUAUUCAGGAGAGAUUGUUGAACUAUAUUCAAGAUGUGGAAUCAAAUUCACAAGUGCUUAUUGAAAUUUUACGAAAUGCUUUGGAUGGAGAUGAAGAACCUUCUGAACUUUUAGCAGUGGAGGAGGAAGCUAGCGAUAGCAGAAACAUGCUUGAUAAUUUGUGAAAACUUCGGAAGUGCGAGUCAAUGAUGGAACUUUGAGAUAGGUGGAACGAUGAUGAAGGAAGCCUUCAAUCUGCAAUACUAGGUUAAAGUUUAGGCUACAUCAAUAACAAACUAUUAGUGGCUAUCUAGAAAUAUCCAUUUCUUUUUUAUACUUGUGCUUGUAAGUUGCAUAUCUUAAAUUUACGGAGGGGAAGAAAGAAAUGGAACCUAAACCUCGAAGAACUUAACCUCACAAUGGUCCUAGAUCAUGGUUAAAUUUCCUUGCAAAUGCAGGACUCCCAGUUUCUCAUAGUCAUUAUAAGGUUAUUUGUUUUCUUCAUUUAUUUAUUUUUUCUUAUUCUAUUAUAUGGUGUGACUUAUUGAAAAAGAAAUGCAGAUUUAACAUUUUUAGCUA